AUGGUUCCAAGAAAACUAGUUUCAAUUAUUCUAGAUCCAGAUUCAGAUGAUGAACCAAUUUAUUGUACUUAUGAUAUAAAUGGUAAAUUUAUUAAAAUACGUGAUUUAGAUCAAAUAUUAGGGAACAAUAAUACAACUAAUGAUACCAAAAAAUCAAAUACUGCUUCAUUACCAAAGAUUCAAAAAUCUAUUGAAAAUUUCUUUAAUUUAGAUUUACCAUAUAUUUCUUAUCAUGAUGUUAAUCCAUUUGAAUUAAUGGAUGAUGAUUGUAAUGAAUUAAAAACAAGAUUUUUUUUACCAAAUGAUACUAUAUUAGAAAGAGAUCGGAUUAUUGGGAAUGAAAUUGGUUUGAAAACUCCUAAAGAAAGAGUGGAAAGACCUGUUGAUCAUCAUUAUUUACCUGGUAAACCUAAUUUAAUUUAUGAAAAUUAUCCAUUUUUCAAACCAAAUUUAGACAAGAGUAUUGAAUUAACAAAUGAAGAAUUUUAUAAGAAAUUUAUAACUAAAUUUAAUAAAACUUUGAGCAAAAAAUUGAAAAAUUUCAAAACAACUCAAACAGGGGAUUCAAAUUUUAUUGAUUUUGAAAAUUAUAUUUAUGAUUUACCAACUUUUCAAACUCCAGUUGAUUAUCCAAAUUAUUUUACAAUUUAUGAAUCUGAAUUUUUUGAUGUUUUCAAUGAUCGUAUAAUAAAUCCAAUAUUAAAAAUUUAUCAAAUGUUCUUAUUGAAUUCUUCAACAAAAUUGAAAAAAUACUUGGAGGAAACUGAUGAAGAAUAUUCACCAAUUUUAAAUAAUGAACAUAAUGUUUCAUUAAAACCAAUUGGUUCAGUUGGAGUCUCAUCAUUCCCAUUUGGUCUUGUUGAUCCAGAUACUAAAUUUUUAAAUUCAAUGUUUGUUCAUGUUGAAUUAGUUAAUUUAAGUUUAGGUAUUGGAGAAGGAUAUGAAUUAUAUUUCCAAUCUCAAAAACAAAAUUUUCAAAAUGAAUUUCAAACAAAGAUAUUUGGAUCAAAUUCCACCAAAAUUAAUAAUUUUUUAAAAUAUUUCCAUAAAUGUUGUUCAAUAUGUUUAAAUUCUCAAACAAAUAGAUUUAUUAUAACAGAUUAUUAUUGGAUCGGGGUAUUUCAAAUUGAAGAUAUUGAAGAUGGUGAAAUUCAAGACGUUAAGAAAUUAAUUUCAAAAGUUAAUGUCUUGCAUUUUAGUUAUUCAAAUUUUGAAUCUGAAGAUCAGGGUAUUAAUGGAUUAAGUAUAAGAUCUAUAAUUGCUUCAUGGUUUAAUAUAUCAUCAAAUGAAUUUAAAUCUAAUAAUACCAAGAUGAAUUUAAUAAAUUCCCGGAUUAUAAAAGAAUGGGAAUUAUUUCAAAAGUCAAAAUCAAUGAUUAAUAAUAAUACCAAUUCACAAUCAAAUAAAAGAUUAAAAAUUUCACCAUUUAUUUAUACAACACCAUCAGAAAUUAAAUUUUUAAAAAAAAAAGUUGAUUUAGAGAAAUCAUUGGUUGAAUUCAUUGCAAUUGGUUAUGAAUGGUCAUGUCAAACCCUAUGUAUUGAUUUAAAGAAGUUAUUCCAUGAUAAACAAAAUUAUUAUCAAAUUUUUAAUGAACACAAGUUAUCAAAUUCAAAUCAAAAAGUUUUAUUAUCAAUUUAUGAUGAACAAUAUAAUGUUAAUAAAUUUAAAUUCUUAGAUUAUUAUAAAGAUGAUAAAAAAUUAAUUAUAAAUAAAUCAAAUGGUAAUAUGGAUACAUUAUUUGGAUUACCUUUAAAAACCGAUCGUGGUAUGGAUGAAAGUUUUACUCUAUGGCAUGGGAAUAUUGAUAUAUAUAAUAAAUUAAAAUUUUUACAAGGUGAUAUAAUUGCCCGUGUUUUAGAUUUUGGUUAUUUAGAAGAUAAAUCAUAUAAUGAUUUGGGAAAAUUACAUUUUAAAAUUGAUGGAUAUUAUAUAAUUUAUGAACCAAAUUCCAUGAAUUUUAAAAAUUUAAUUGAAUUAGAUAUAAAUAAUGAAGAUCAUUAUCUAAAAGCAAAAGAAACAAUCACCAAGAUUCAUGAAUAUGGUGUUACAUUCCAACCAAAGACUAAGAUAUCAUUAGAUGUCUUAAGAUUUUAUAAUAAUAAAGUAUUUUUAAUAAAUUUAGAAGAAACUUCAUGGACAUCAAACCAAACAUCAAAUUCAUUUAAAUCACAAAAACAAAAAGAUUUAAAUGAUUUAGAUAUAGAAUUUAAAAAGAAAACAUCACAUAAGAAACGUGGUUCAAGUUUUAGUAAUGGACAUAAUAUACCAAGAAGAAAAUCAUCAUCACAUCAUCAUAAUCAUAAUUCAAGAAGUUCAUUAAAUCAAUUAUUACAACAUUUAAGACAAGAGGUACAAUUAAAUCCUGGUACGCUAUUGGAUGAAGAUGAUAUUGAAGGUGAAGUUGUUUUCAGUGAGGAUGAGUAG